AUGCGAGUUGUGUUUGGAAGAGUGGAGGGCGGAGGAAGGGGAGGUGGUGCCUGUGUGGAAGAAAAGGCAAAGCAGGAGAGCAAGGUUCAGGUGUCUCCUUUGCUGCAGGAAGCUGCAGAGGAGCCAGCCCUGGCUGCUGGUGUGAGCUGCAGCCCACGGAAAUAUGUACUGGGAGCUCUUCUUGUCUCUCUGAUUACAGCUCUGCCUGCAGAUGACAGUGGCUCUGCAGCUCCUCAGCUGGAUGCCCGUUUUGAGUUUCUGGGGAAUCGCACCUAUGUCCCUCAAGUCACUGAAGCUUCUGCAGCGUCACAGGGGCUGGAGCCUCUGCUUAAGCCUCAGGGAGAUCGCAGGGGUCUUGGUGAUGAGAAAGGUGCAGAGGAUGCAGCUCAUAGAGCCCGACAAAAGCAGCAUUUGGUCUUCACUGCCGCAGUCUCGGGUUGGGUGCUGUUUGGGGUAGUGCUGACUUGUAUAGUCACUUCCCAGCUGAGGAAGAGAAAACAAGAAGCGGUACCAGCUAACCCUGCCGCUGCCUCUGACGGAGAAGAGCCCAGUAUGGAGGAAGGCAGAGCACAGCCAGGAAGCGAAAGAAAAAAGGAUGAGUUUACUCUAGAAAAUGAAAAUCCCAGCAGCAGCUCCACUCGGCUUCCUAUUCUAAGCAGAAUAAAAAACCUGUGCAUAUUCUGAAGAGAAUAAAAAACCUGUUGGGCUAAAUGGUGUUAA